ACUUUUAUGCAAUAGAGCAGCACUGUUUCUCGCGUGCCGAUUUUUGUUUAUAAAUCGAAUUAAAUUAUUCCAAUGCAAUUUCAUUUUAAAAUUGAAGACAAGGAUGUCGUGCCUGCGGCUGCCAGUCAUGUGAUCAAUCCGCACAGUGCUUUGCAGCCCCAGCAGCCCGCUGUGCUGGUGGAGCCGAAGGAUGCCCAACAUGAAAUCAAGCUGCAAAACAUUGUGGCAACCUUCUCCGUUAACUGCGAACUGGACCUCAAGACCAUCAAUUCCCGGACCCGCAACUCCGAAUACUCGCCCAAGCGUUUCAGGGGCGUAAUCAUGCGCAUGCACUCGCCCCGCUGCACGGCGCUCAUCUUUCGCACGGGCAAAAUCAUCUGCACUGGGGCCCGCAACGAGAGGGACGCUGACAUUGGCUCCCGCAAGUUUGCGCGCAUUCUCCAGAAGCUGGGAUUCCCCGUCAAGUUUAUGGAGUACAAGCUGCAGAAUAUUGUAGCCACGGUGGACCUGCGCUUCCCCAUACGCCUGGAGAACCUCAAUCAGGUGCACGGCCAGUUCAGUUCCUACGAGCCAGAAAUGUUUCCCGGCCUCAUCUACCGCAUGGUCAAGCCACGCAUUGUCCUGCUGAUAUUUGUCAAUGGCAAGGUAGUCUUUACGGGUGCCAAGUCGCGAAAGGAUAUCAUGGAUUGCCUGGAUGCCAUUUCACCUAUAUUGUUAAGCUUUCGAAAGACGUAGACGGAUAUCUGUGGAAACGGAUAUCGGUUAUUAUCGAGUGUAUUUUUAAAUAGUUUUUUAAACGCCUUUUUAAGAACAAUGCCAUUAUUUAGAUGUGUAGCACAGAUGAUAUUUCAUAGAAAAUUUACAUAUAUUUUUAUAGACAUGUCAGAUCGAUGGAUUAUGCUCGGUGUUUGUUGGUUGUGCAUGAAAUUAUUUUCAGCGAAUUUCUACUGUUGUGUGCACCCGUGCCUAUUCUAUUACUGUACUUGUGUUCGUUGAUGCAUUGAUACUCGCUCAGAGAGGAUACGGCCUUUGGGCAUUUCAGCUUGAAAAAGUAACUUCUUCUGAACGAAUAAAGAAAUUGAUUUGAAAGAAAAA